UUCAGGCCAUUGUUCGUGUGGUUAUAAUGGGAUUUAUUACAUUAUCAUGCAAAUUUUCAUCCGUAUUUGGAGUAACCAUUUCGUUACGGUCGCUAAAGCCUUUCACUAUGGAAAUUCCAUCAGUCAGGAGUCUUCACGUCAAGAAAUCUAUCGCUGACAAGUUUUCUAACAGAUUCCGGAUUGAUCGUGUGAUGUAUUUUGGUCCUGAGUUAGCUUGCUUAGAAUGGUUAAUGGAAUGUGGCUCGACUGAGGUUAUAAUGAGUGAUGGGACAUCAAUCACAUGCAGGGCAGAUAUGCGCCAUUAUAUCACUGAUUUCGGUUUCAAUUUUAAAAGCAUCCCGUUUCCUACGAUUCCCUUCAAAUGGAGUCCAGUGUUGCCAACAAUUAGUAUGAAAAAGCUUGAUGCGAUUUAUAAUAUGCGUUGGGCUAAGAAGCCGGCUGUACAUAUUGUUAAGGUCGAUGGAACUGAUUCAGCUAUUGGUGAUGUGGGCUUUCAGUACUUCAAGGAGUGCCGACAAAUAGAAGUCUUAAAAUUGAAUUUUUGUGACUUCUUUACGGACAAAGCAAUUGAACAUCUUGCUUUGGGACGACCUUCACGAACUCUGCGGAAUAUUGAGAUUGUUGCAAAUCCUUACAUCAGUGAUGAUUUCAUUAAAGGAAUUAAACGAAUGCGGGGAUUACAGCGAGCACAUUUUUACUUUCUACCAUGCGUAACACAACAAACAGGUGCAUUGCAAAGUUUGAAAAUCUCUUUACCAUGCUGUAGAGUCAGUUUUCCGGAACUGAAAGAAGUCGGUUAUGGAUAUGGUUAUACUGUUGAGGACAGCAAUGCCAGUGUCCAGAAAACCGAAGCGAAAACGGUGAGAAGAUAAUACGUCCAUUUAAGCUUCUAAAUUUCACUAUACAUACUGAUUGUUCUGAUAGAGUUUUGUAAUUAUUGGAUAAAUUUUAU